AUGGUGUUGUUUUUUACGUCCUGUCCAACCUCAUCCCUGGUGAGCCAGUCCCCCACCCCGUCGUCCACAACAUCGACGACAACGACAUCAGAUGUCUUCGUAGAACAUCCAAAGUCGCAGCCGAUCCCUGUUAGAAAUAACGGUCAAUGGGACAACAGCGAUCACCUCUCGUGUUCGCCGCUCGAGCGAUUCCCAUCUCCGCUCGCCACGUCAGCGGAGUCUGUUAACUCGAUCAAGUCGAGUUGCUCGUCGCGCUCAUCGGCCGAACGUGAGACUGAACGUGCUCAGUGUCGCCAAUUGCUCAAUUCCAGCCUGAGCAAAUUGCGGGAGGAAUCGAAUAUGCCACUUCGGAAGCAUCUUCUGAUUUUCAACACCGUCAAGACGAUCCAGAAAGACUUGGAUCAAUUGGACGAUGAGGAAUUGUACUGCUCUCUGGUGGGUAUGUCGAACGAGACGACGAUGCUGAUGGAAGUCGAUGGUACCGGUGACGAGUGUUGUUGGGGCAAUGAGAAGGAUUGCUACAACAAUGAAAUGAUGAUGUUGAUUUCGAACGCCAACGAUGUCGUCGACUCCGCUGUCAUCUGCGGAGCACCUCUGAAACAAGAGGAGCGCGGCGCAUCGUCUGACAUCACUGGAAUGAUGUUUGGAGACGAUCUCGAGAUGGAUGAGGCCGACACGAAGACCUGGUCCUGGUCCUCUGGCGCGUCGAUUUUCGAUUCUGUUCAGGAAUCGAAAUCUGGCUCGAUGGAUGCUUUGUUCAAGUGGUCCUCUUCGUGCUCCGAUGCUGCCUACUCCGCUCCGAUUACCAGCAACUCUUUCGGUGGAUGGGCUGAUUCUUCUGCAAUCUCCGGUGGAGGCCUCUUCGGACUCCCGGAUGAUUCGACAUCGUCGUGGUCCCAUGGAGCCACUGGUUUCGACAUGUGGGGAAACAGCGACCCACUCGGAUCGGCUCGCUUCGACAUGCACAAUUUGCUUCUUUUGCAAGCUUAG